CUUGAUGAAGACCUGUGGGACUUUGUCAAUACAGUAUGCUUGAAAGACGACUUGGAAAAACCAUCCUACUGAGUUACAUUUGUGACGCCAAAUCAUCCGAGCACAAAGACACCAGAACAAAAUGAUAGUACAACAAAAAAAGCCCCCGCCAUACGUAAUUGGUUAAAACACCCUAUAACAGCCGUCAACUAACCCAGUACCUACUAUUUUCUAUUCAUUUACGUGAGUAGAAAUCAUAAUCAGUAUAAUGCACCUCCAUCACCCGCGGCCGGGUGACGAGAUCCAUGGAGAUAACGAAAAUUGUUAUUGGGUCGAAAGCAUAUGGUGGUAUAUGUCCUUUGCAUUUCCAGCUAUUGCUGGAGCUUUUGGACCAAUAGCAUCCGCAUUUAGUAUUUGCUCUCUGAUCCGCCCGUGGAUUAAACCUUCUACGGGAGAGGAUUUGAAUAAUUGGAAUGACCAAGUGCUUGUCAUUUCAAACGCUAUACAGCUUAGCCUAGCCGUGGGGGCGAACGUACUGCUUUUGGUGAACGUUAUCCGCGGGUUGAAAUCAUCCAUUGCUCUCCCGCUUACUAUAGCUGGUUGGUAUAUAUCCGCAUUCGUUCUUGCAGCCCUGGCCAUUGUAGGGUCUCAACGGGCUGCGGCACUACAUUUCGAGUUCGUCUGGUUACAAGCAUAUUACUAUUGUAUGUAUUCUGCUAUAGUAUACUUUCUUGUUGCCUCUUUUCUAUUGUCCAACUACAUCGGCGGUCGGCGAGGUCGUCAUGACCACAACACAACGUCACAGGCUUCCGUACGGACAUUAAUGGCUCACACUAUUUUAUACUUGACUUAUCUUCUUUUUGGGGCUCUGUUAUUCUCCCGUAUCGAGGGUUGGGUAUACCUGGACGGAGUGUAUUGGGCCCAGACGACACUAUUAACAAUUGGUCUUGGAGAUAUAGUCCCAACUACGACCGCAGGGCGUGCCUUACUUGUUCCAUACUCAAUAGGUGGUGUCGUUUUAUUGGGUCUCACAUUGGCAGCUAUCCGGCGUCUGGUUUUAGCCGGAGGUAGGACUACCCUCAGUACAAAAAAGUUAUGCCGAGCUCGGAACAGUUAUCUUCAGGAGCUUAAGAACAGCGGUUCUCGAGGGACUCAUAUCAUCACUGGUCGGAAAGAACUUGAACAGACGUAUAGGAAGAUGCGCGAGGUUCAAUGGGCGGUCACCCGUCAAUUGCGUUGGACAGAGAUGGCGAUAUCCAUCAGCGUUUGGCUUGUUUUAUGGCUCUUAGGAGGCACCGUUUUCAUGAUAUGCGAAGCACCAGUUCAAGACUGGACGUUUUUCAAUGGCAUAUACUUCGCAUUCGUCAGCUUGAUGACCAUCGGCUAUGGUGAUCUUCACCCUGAAUCGAGCUGUGGGAGAUCUUUUUUCGUGUUCUGGACACUCUUGGCUGUGCCUGUGGUUACGAUUCUGAUUUCGAACGCCGAGGACUCAGUCGUCAGAAUCUUCCGAGAUCUUUCUAUUCUCGCAGGGAAUAAAAGUACCCCUGACAUUGAGAAUAAGUCCCGAGAAAGAUUCAGAGUCACCAUGUCAAGCCUUGGGCCCGAGGAAAUACAGAGUAACGGUCUUUUGGGAGCUCAAGGACUGAUAUCGAGAGGCUACGCGGAGCAAGCACCACCGGGGACCAUCAUUAGAUCACGUCGAAAAUAUCAAGUAACCCUCAUCGAUGGCAUUAGGUACACAAUUUCACGGCUUGAAGAGGAUGCUCUGCGAUCCUUUAAUUUCUACGAGUGGAUGGCGUUGAUGGAGAUGAUUGGAGAGCAAGGCAGACACAGAACCGCUUCACGUCUGGAAAGAGAUGUGGGCGAGCCAGUACCGGCAGUGGCGGGACAGAAUACUCAGACUUCUGUAACAGGAAUCCAUGAAGCUGCAGAUAGAAAUGUAGGCCUCUUUGAACUGCAUGAAUUUGAGGCAAAAAGUCCAAUCAAUGGGCCGAGAGAGGAGAUAUGUUGGAUUCUUGAGAGAUUGACAAAAGCACUCAAAAACGAGCUGGAUGAUAUGGCAAGGGAGGAAGGUAUGUUGAUUAACUGA